AUGAACGAUAUCAUAAAGUUGCAGGAUGCUCUAAGCUGUGUCGAGAGCUGGUCCAUGCAGUGGGACUUAGACAUUUCUGUCCAGAAAACUGCGAUUAUGGGUUUAGGUAGAACUCAUCCAGAUUUUCCAUUUACUAUAGGCGGAAGGCGACUGGUUCGAGUUAAUCAAAUACGUGAUCUUGGCGUUGUUUACAGUGACACUCUAGAUUUUAGUAGCUUCAUACACGAUCUGGCAGCUAGAGCAAGUACUGUUUCACCCAUCUGGUCCCCGUACAAACAAACACUAAUUGAUGUGAUUGAGCGAGUACAAAAAAGUUUCACUUAUCGAUGCUAUAUGCGUAAAGGCAUAACAUCCUUGUCAUAUAGCCAGCGACUUCAUAACCUCAGUGGUGAAACUUUGGAGUUUCGGCGUAAGCUAAUAGAUUUUGGGUUUAUGUAUAAGCUUAUCACUGAUGAAAUUGACCUUAAAUUAACAGAUAUUUUCGAGAUGUCCUCCACUAUUGGAUUAUCCAGAGGGCAUCCCUAUCGCUUGCGCCCUGAUAGACCUAGAACUCGGGCUUACGAAGGUUCAUCUAGCCAGCUACAUGAAGCACCAGUAGCGUAUUUCGGAAAUGAGCAUUUUGCCAUGCAGUUUUCGGAUCUCUCAGUAAUGUUUUUGUACAAGUGA